AUGUACGCCGUCGGCGCGACCGAUAAGCUGCAAGGCACCGGCGUGUGGAGCUUCAUCAAGGCUGAGCGCGACUCCGGCGCGAACAAGGCGGCGAAUAAGACGAAGCGACCGGAGCAAAAGAAGAAGACGCCGCAGCGCUUCCCCGGGGGGAAGUGACGGGACGGCGAAGCUCGGUUCGAGCGCGCGGUGAGCGCGAAAGGUUACGUUAUCUAAAGUGACGUGGCCUUCGGGACGCGCGAGCGAACGAAGAAACGACGAAACGACGCCGCGGCGCGCGCGCACGUGACGGGCAUCGAACGAAAUCGACUUCAUAGUGAGUGUUCGAAGUUCGUGCUCCGAUGACGCGCGCGCGUUGAUGGUGAAUCGUGAUGUUGUUUAGUUUUUUACGCGGCGCCGGCGAGGGAGCGCGAACAGACCGCGUUUGUAGUGUGACCACGUUUUAUGAUUGUCGCUAUGAA